AUGGAGCGCCUAGCUCUCGCCCUGAUGGUAGCUUCAAGGAAGCUUCGGCACUAUUUCCAAUCUCACACAAUACGGGUUCUCACAAACCACCCGCUGAGACAGGCUCUGCAAAAGCCCGAAACUUCCGGUCGACUCCUCAAAUGGUCGGUAGAAUUAAGCCAGUUUGACAUAAAAUAUGUGCCAAGAACUGCGAUCAAGGGCCAAGCGCUCGUCGAUUUUCUAGCUGAGUUCUCUCAUAGACCAGUUCCCGCCACAUCUGGAGAAGUCGAGGUUACAAAAUGGAAGCUCUACGUGGAUGGGGCAUCGAGCGAAAACGGGUCAGGAGCCGGCGUCUUGUUAAACAGCCCCGAAGGCCACAAAAUUACCUCGGCGGUUCGAUUUAAAUUCAAGGCAUCGAACAAUGAGGUGGAAUAUGAAGCACUAAUUGCCGAACUACGGUUAGCCAGCCACCUGAAGAUCGAAAUGCUCAGCGUCUUCAGUGAUUCUCAAUUGGUCGUCACGCAAGUAAAGGAAGAAUACCAAGCGCGCGGCGAGAAGAUGGGAGCGUACUUGAGAAAGGUAAAAGAAGAACUCGUUAAGUUCAAAAACUACGAGAUACUCCAGAUACCACGAACUGAAAACGCAAACGUCGACGCUCUGGCAAAGCUAGCAUCUUCUAGAGAGUCCGACACACUAGGGGUCGUUCCCAUCGAAGAAUUGGAGCAACCGACUAUAGAAGAAAAGGUUAAGGCAUUAAUCGUCCAACGGUGCUUGGAUGAUGCCGAAGCCCAGAAGGUCCUCCACGAAAUCCAUGAAGGAGUCUACGGUAACCACACUGGGGAGCAAUCUCUGGCUCUAAAGGUUUUAAGGCAAGGAUACUACUGGCCCACGCUAAAAAAGGACGCUUUUCAAUACGCCCGACGUUGCGAUAAAUGCCAAAGGUAUGUCACAAUUCCUAGAGCACCCCUAGAAAAUUUAACUUCCAUUAUCAGUCCAUGGCCCUUCGCCAAAUGGAGGGUUGACCUGAUCGGGCCGUUACAUCUUGCACCCGGAGGAUUUAAGUUUACAAUCAUUGCGGUAGACUACUACACGAAGUGGGCAGAGGUAAAGGCUCUAACUACAACCACGAAAGCAGCCUGCACCAAAUUCAUGUGGGACCACAUCGUAUGCAGGUUCGGGGUUCCCCACUCAAUAGUAUCCGACAACGAAAAGCAAUUUAACAACGCCUCAACACGCAGAUUCUGCGAUAGCUUGGGCAUCCGGAAAGACUUCUCGACGCCGAUCCAUCCACAAUCAAAUGGACAAGUCGAGGCGGUCAAUAAAAUAUUAAAGUAUACCCUCAAAAAGAGACUCGACGAACUGAAAGGGAAAUGGGCCGAGGAACUUCCCAAGGUCCUAUGGGCAUACAGAACGACGAGCCGAACUACUACGGGUGAAACACCCUUCUCCAUGGCGUAUGGCGUCGAAGCAGUGCUCCCCGUAGAAAUCAAAAUGCCGACUUUAAGAACCGUCGUCCAUAAUGAUGAUGACAACGCGAAAGGCAUGAACGGAGAACUCGACUUGUUAGAAGAAAAAAGGCUCGACUCCCAACUACAUCUCGCCGCCUAUCGGCAACGAAUGACGUGA